UAAAUACGUACUUAAAGAUACCAAAAUUGCUUGUGAGUAGCAGAAAUAAUAUACAGACUAUGGAAGCACUCUUGGAUAUGGGAGACCCCUAUAUGUGUAUCAUUGGCUUACCGGCUGAUCUUCACCGCCACUGGACAUCUAUUGGAAAUUUUCUGAGUCAGGAAGAGAACGGUGAGCCCCAGAAUGAGCCUAACUUAGAGGGAGUGACAAUGCAGCCCGAAGAAGACAUUAUAGACUUGGAAGUGGUGCCCUUGACACAAAUUGAUCCCGAAGAACCGAGCUUUGACCUUUCCGCUGCCGGCGAUGGACCCCAUAUCAUUCCCCAGACCGCCGAGAUUGGGAACCCGGCUUUAAUCAUCUUUCGGCCGAGAAGAGGGUCAGUACUCCGAGUCCCGUGGUUCAGCUUAGAGCGCCUGAUGCCGGUGAUCAUUACGGUCUCUAGUGUUCUUUUCAAAAAGAUACUGGACCUAUUUGGCAUUGAUAUAAGUCAAGUCUUUGCCCUCGGCCUGUCUUACAAUGCCCACAUCAUAAUAUUUCAGUGCGUGAUUAGCUUUGCCUCCUACUGGAUAAAGGAUUUUUUCAGUGCCCAAAAUAGUUUAUAA